CGCCGCCGGCAUGAGAAGCCUGUUACGUCAAUCUGCUGUUCGAACGUUCGCCGCCACCGGAACUGAUUGCGGGCAGCAGAACAAGGCUCUCUCUGAACUUAUCCGGCGAGGUCGCCUCCGUGAAGCUCGCCAGGUCUUCGACUCCCUUCCCCACCGCAACGUCUUCAUAUGGAACUCUAUGAUCUCUGGAUACGUCCGUCAGCGCGAACUUGCACCUGCUCGCAGACUGUUUGACGAAAUGCCUCAAAGAGACCUCGUUUCAUGGAACUGCAUGAUAUCCGGCUACACAAGUUCAUAUGACCACAGCGAGCUUAAGGAGGCACGUCACCUGUUCGAUCAAAUGCCUGUACGAGAUGUCAUUUCUUGGAAUACAAUGAUUUGCGGGUACGCCAGGAAUGGAAAAAUGGUUGAAGCGAUGCAACUGUUUGGUGGAAUGCCUGAGAGAAAUGUUGUUUCUUGGAAUACAGUGAUUACCGGUUUACUUCGCGUGGGAGAUAUCAGGAGUGCAGUAGAGCUUUUCGAGAUAAUGCCCGUUCAGGACGCGGCUUCUCUGAACGCACUAGUUUCGGGGUUGAUUCAAAACAACUUAUUGGAAGAGGCGACGAAAAUCUUGCUUAGGAGCGCUAAAGCUUCAGACAUUGAGGGAGUUGUUGAUGCUUUUAAUACCUUGAUUGUAGGGUAUGGCAGAAUUGGGAGGUUAAAGGAAGCCCGGAGAGUGUUUGACUUGAUUCCAUACGAACAACAUCAAAACUUUCAGAUCAGAUUAAAGACCAAAAACUUUCAUAGGAAUGUUGUUUCAUGGAAUUCUAUGAUCAUGUGUUAUGUAAAAGCUGGUGAUCUUAUAUCUGCAAAAAAGCUAUUUGAUGAAAUGCCUGCAAGAGAUUUGGUUUCAUGGAACACCAUGAUCACUGGUUUUGUGCAGGCUCUAGAAAUGGAAAGGGCUGAAGCUCUUUUCCUCCAAUUGGUUGAACGCGAUUCCCGAUCAUGGAACACGAUAAUUUUUGGUUUCGCCCAAAAGGGUGAGGUGGAGAAAGCACGAAGCUUUUUCGACCAAUCACCACAUAAGGAGCUCAUCACUUGGAACACGAUGAUUUCUGGCUACGAACAAAAUGGAGAUUUCGAAGGGGCAAUUGGGCUUUUCUCCAAAAUGUUUUCUUCCGGUGAGAGAUUUGACAAACAUACCAUGUCCUCGUUGCUUAGUGCCUGUGCGGCACUUGCAUCUCUAAGACAAGGCACUCAAAUUCACCAACUCAUCAUUAAAACUCUUGUACCAGAUACCCCAAUUAACAAUUCUUUGAUCACCAUGUACUCAAGGUGUGGGUGUGUGAUUGAGGCAAUGUGCGUGUUUGAAAACAUGGAACAAAGAGAUGUCAUUUCAUGGAACUCAAUGAUAGGGGGGUUUGCACACCAUGGAUUUGCUAUGGAAGCGCUUCAUCUUUUUAAGGAAAUGAAGAAUGUGAAAAUUCGACCAACGCAGAUAACGUUUGUUGCCAUUCUGCAUGCCUGCGGGCAUGCGGGAUUGGUGGAAGAUGGGAAGAGGGAAUUUGAAUCAAUGAUUAAGGAGUUUAAGUUAGUUCCUAAUGUGGAGCAUUAUGCGGUCCUUGUGGACCUCAUCGGGCGGCAUGGGCAACUUGAUGAAGCUUUGGAGGUGAUUAAAGACAUGAUUUUUCCUCCUGACCGGGUAGUUUGGGGUGCUCUUCUUGGUGCUUGUAGGGUUCAUAACAAACCAGACUUGGCUGAUGUAGCAGCAAAGGCCUUAGCAGCAAUGGAGCCAACUGGAUGUGCUUCGUAUGUGCUGAGGUACAAUAUCCAUGCAGAUGAGGGGAGAUGGGAGGAAGCUUUACAAGUGAGGCAAUUAAUGGAUAGGAAAGGGGUUUUCAAGCAACCAGGAUAUAGUUGGAUUGAAUUGCAGAAUAAAGUUCAUGUUUUUAUUGCUGGAGAUUGCUCUCAUCCUUUAUCUGAGGAAAUAUACUCGCUAUUAGAGACCUGCAACAGGCUCAUCAUAGAUUCAAACUUGGAUUGAUAUGCCAAACAAUGAACUUGUUUUAACCCUUCUACACACAGAAGGCAGCAACAACUUCUACUGGUUAGGAGGCCUGGGAGAAUAAUCUGAUGACAUGUUACUCUGAUUUGGACGGUGGGUUUCAGGGAUGGAAUGAGAAGUACUGAGGAGAAAGGGGAGCAGAAUCAGAUUAAUGAAUGUAAGUGGAGAAUUGAAGCCGUAUGGAGAAAAAAAGCUGUGGAUGAAGAUGUGUUGGUUUAUUAGGUACAAAGGCAAUAAUUUUGAAUUCUGAUUCAUGUUUUUUCGAGUGAAGAUAUCGGCGAUGAGAUUAAUAGUUCGGAUAGUUUAGAAGUGAUUUAGCUUUUAAACUUAUUUUACACCACAAUUUACAGUUUGCAGGUUAACCAGAAAGCCUUACAAUUCCAAUUUUGGGACAUUUGCGUACAUACCACACAAUUCUUAUGUAUUUGCAUGUUUACCACCUAAACUUUCAUAUUUACCCAGGUCUAUAAGGUCUCCUUGGACGACACAAACCAUAGCUACUAGUUUCUUUUGGUGGCACAAUUUAAUGAGUUUUUCUAUUUUGAGCUGUUGUGUGUGGCAUCAUCCUUUUUAUUAUU